UAUCAACAAAAUAUAUUCAUUUAAAACCAAAAUGAUACUUCAAAGAGUGAGAGACCUUCGGCACCGAAAGAUUAUAUUUGGAAUUAUGUUAAGUCGAAUAAAUAUUAAAAUUCCAUUUGCAACUAAUGCAAUCAUACACAGAGGAUUGCAUCUAAAUAAAGCAUCAGUGAUUCAAACUAAAGUUGAUCAAAAUUCGACAGAAUAUCAGGAAAAUUUUGCAUCAUUACAAAUCCUUGUAAAUGAAUUAAAAGAAAUAACUCGAAAUGUUUUAACACCAGACCCAGUUGCAGCAAAACGUGAUUUAUCUCGAAAUAAAUUAUUAGCUCGUGAAAGAGUUAAUCGUCUUUUAGAUCCUGGUACUGCUUUUCUUGAACUUUCACAGCUUGCAGCUUAUAAUCUUUAUGGUAAAGAAGAUAUAAAAAGUGGAGGAAUGGUGACUGGUAUAGGAAAAGUUUGCGGUCAAAUGACUUUAAUCACGGCAAAUGAUGCUACAGUAAAAGGUGGCUCAAUGUAUCCAGUAACUGUUAAAAAACACCUCAGAGCUCAAGAAAUUGCUCAAGAAAAUAGAUUGCCUUGUAUUUAUCUUGUAGAUUCUGGUGGUGCAAAUCUCCCACGACAAGCAGAAUUUUUUGUUGAUGGAGGACGAGUCUUUUAUAAUCAAGCAGUCAUGUCUUCUAUGGGAAUACCACAAGUUGCUGUGGUAAUGGGUAGCUGCACUGCUGGUGGUGCUUAUGUUCCAACAAUGUCUGAUGAGAAUAUAAUUGUGAAAAAUCAAGGAACUUUAUUUCUCGGUGGUCCACCAUUGGUAAAAGCAGCACUUGGUGAAAUUGUAACAGCUGAAGAGCUCGGAGGUGCUGAUUUACAUUGUAAAGUUAGUGGAUGUUCUGAUCAUUAUGCACUUGAUGAUGAACAUGCGCUGUUUUUAGCUAGAAAGGUUAUGGAAAAUUUGAAUUUGAGAACAACAAACAAGUACAAUGACAAUUUGAGGUUAGAUUAUGAAAUUUCAAGGCAAGAUAAUGAUAUUCAGACUGACAUUGAAGAACCACUGUAUGAUCCAUCAGAACUUUAUGGAAUUAUUAAUUCACAAUUGACCAAAAAUUUUGAUGUUCGUGAGGUCAUAGCAAGAAUUGUUGACGGAUCAAAAUUCCAAGAGUUUAAGAAAUUCUACGGAGAAACUUUAGUUUGUGGAUUUGCAAAGUUAUACGGAAAUACAAUUGGCAUAGUUGGAAACAAUGGUGUACUUUUUAGUGAAUCAGCACUUAAAGGUUCCCAUUUUAUUCAACUUUGUUCACAACGUGGAAUUCCUUUGUUGUUCCUUCAAAAUAUUACUGGAUUCAUGGUCGGUAAAGAAGCCGAAUCGCAAGGAAUUGCAAAAAAUGGCGCAAAAAUGGUUAACGCUGUGGCUACAGCUCGUGUACCGAAAUUAACACUCAUUAUAGGUGGCUCUUAUGGUGCUGGAAAUUAUGGAAUGUGUGGACGUGCUUAUAGUCCAAGAUUCCUUUAUAUGUGGCCAAAUUCUAAAAUUGCUGUCAUGGGAGGAGCACAAGCGGCUGGAGUACUAGCACAGAUUACUGAAGAUCAAUUUAAAAGAGCUGGAAAAGAAUGGACACAAGAAAUUGCAGACAAGAUAAAAGCUCCAUUAAUAAAACAGUUUGAUGACGAGAGUUCAGCUUACUAUAGUACUGCAAGGUUAUGGGAUGAUGGAAUUAUUGAUCCUGUUGAUUCAAGAAAAGUACUUGGAAUGUCUUUAGCAGCUGCAUUAAAUGCUCCAAUAGAACCGACUCGUCAUGGUGUAUUUAGAAUGUAAAUAUGUUAUUUAAAUGUUGAAUGUUGUUUGGUAAACGAAGGCAGGUCCUACAGUUUGACUAACUUACGAGAUGUGCCCAUGAAUAAAUUAAGUGAAUUUUAAAAUAAUAUUAUUGACCAAAACUUGACUGUUGUAAAUUCAAAAGUUCAGCUAACGUUUGGUUCUGGAUAAAACAUUAAACUGAAUUGACAUGAUAUAAGUUUUGUCUGAGACUUGAGACUAUACAUUUAAAAGACUAAUAACUUCCCAAUUUUUCAAAGCAUUAAUAUUUUUAAUUACAUUUGAACUGAUAUAACUGAUUCGACUGUCCCCUAUUCAGACUGGCUAUAAUUCAGGAUUAUUAUCAAAUAAACCGUCCUCAAGGACUUCAAUGUAAUUGUGUUUCCCGAUCGUAUUUCUCAAACUUUGCUCCUCGUAGUGCAAGUGAUUUGCGAUAAAGUUUUUGAUAUGAGUCACUUAACUUUGGUGUUAAGUACAAAUCCCUAGUACUUGGAUGUUUAUAGCUUUUUUAAAAGGAUUUUAGGUAACCCAAGUCCUUGUCGCAAUCGUAACAUAAUGCAUUAUGCAUUACAUAAUGCAAUCCCAGAAAAAUAUUACUGGCCAUUCAUUUCUAGUUAUUUUAAGUUUUUAGUACAUCUUUGAUUAAUUUUCAUUUUUUUUUUGCUGACCAAAAUUGAUUCACAAGUCAAAUUUAAAAAUGAUGAGGUUCGUUACAAAAAUUUGAAACUCACAAAAAAAGUGGAAUUUGAGAAAAAAAAGUUAAAACUGAAUUUGACGCAUUUUAUUAAAUCUGGGAUUUGUACAAGUUCUUUGUUUUUUAAGGUUUAGUUAUUUGCGAUUUGUACCAUUCCUGACACCCCAAAUUUUUGACACCCCUGCACGCAACUGUUCCGCUAAAAGAUGAACACAAAAUUAUUGAUAAAAUUCUUAAAUUUGAAGAAGAAAAUAUAACCUAAAUUGAGAAUAGCAUCAAUUAUUGACACAUUCAUUCAAUCGUGAUUUAGGGUGCCGGAGCUGAUUGGAGUGUUUUGAUUCCCCAUUUUGUUUGUCCUAAAAAAUAUCUAGAAUGAAUAAAUUACAAUAAACUGUCAAAAAAUUAAGUUUAAUUUUCGACCAACAUUAAAAACUCUUUAUUAUUAAAAAUAUAAUUAAAACUC